UUCGCCUGUCUAACCUAAAAAAUAAAGAUUGAAAAUUAUAAAAGAAACAACUUAAAGUUAAAGCUGUUGUAUUAUAAAGCAAUUUGAACCACCAUCGCCACCUUCAUCGCUUUGAAAAUAAGUAUAGAUUUGUAGUAGUAACACCUUACGUAUCGGAUAAGAUUUGAGAGCCAUCAUGUCAUUUUUAAAUAAAAUCAAAACCUCACAAUUGCCACCAAUUAAAAAUAUUCUUAAUGUAGCUGUACAAACGGCCCGUCAACAUAUGCCCGAUAAGAAGGACUAUGAACAGCCAGGUGGGGUUAGCAGUAGUAUGGCACAACCACAUCAUGAAAAUCAACCAAAUAAUACACAGGCCAUGUAUCAGGGCGAUGAAACUAACUAUGGCAGUGUUGACAGACCUACGGAAUUGAAUCCUUUUAGAAAUCCAAAUGGUUGGGCUGAUGAUGGUGAGGCUGGGGAAUAUAAGGGUGAGGGCUAUCAGACAACGUCUUUUGUGGCCAAUGAAUAUGAUGGUUUUCGACAAGGCAGCAUUGCAUCAGAGGGCAGUUCGUUUGUGUGCGAAGGUGAAGGUGGCGGUGGUCAUAAAAUCGAUGAAAUGCAAGCUGCCUGGAAUGUAACUAACGCCAUACAAGGUAUGUUCAUCGUAUCCCUGCCAUUUGCGGUAUUACACGGCGGCUAUUGGGCCAUCAUAGCUAUGGUGGGUAUUGCCUACAUUUGCUGUUAUACGGGAAAGGUGUUAGUGCAGUGCCUAUACGAGCCAGAUCCAGCAACAGGACAAUUGGUGCGUGUACGCGACAGUUAUGUAUCGAUAGCGAAAGUUUGUUUCGGUCCCAAGUUGGGAGCACGAGCUGUAAGUAUUGCCCAGUUAAUCGAAUUACUAAUGACUUGCAUUUUAUAUGUGGUCGUUUGUGGUGAUUUAAUGGCCGGCACCUAUCCACAAGGUGCAUUCGAUUCACGUUCCUGGAUGAUGUUGAUCGGAAUAUUUCUACUGCCAAUGGGCUUUUUAAAAUCAUUAAAAAUGGUUUCGACUCUCUCCUUCUGGUGCACCAUGUCGCAUAUUGUCAUUAAUGUGGUGAUUUUGGGUUAUUGUAUUUUACAAAUCGGUGAUUGGGGCUGGUCGAAAGUGCGUUGGAGUAUUGAUUUUGAAAACUUUCCCAUUUCUUUGGGUGUGAUAGUGUUCUCAUAUACUUCGCAAAUAUUUUUACCCACUUUAGAGGGCAAUAUGAUAGAUCGUUCUAAGUUUAAUUGGAUGUUGGAUUGGUCGCAUAUAGCAGCAGCUGCUUUUAAGGCUGGUUUUGGUUAUAUAUGCUUUUUGACCUUUCAGAACGAUACCCAACAGGUUAUAACGAAUAAUUUACAUUCUCAGGGCUUUAAGGGUUUGGUCAAUGUGUUUUUAGUUAUCAAAGCUAUACUCAGUUAUCCCCUACCUUACUAUGCUGCCUGCGAAUUAUUGGAACGUAACUUCUUUCGCGGUCCUCCAAAGACAAAGUUUCCCACUAUCUGGCAUUUGGAUGGUGAGCUUAAAGUUUGGGGUUUAGGUUUUCGUGUGGGCGUUAUUGUUUCUACUAUUAUGAUGGCCAUUUUUAUACCACAUUUCUCAAUACUUAUGGGUUUCAUUGGCAGUUUUACGGGUACAAUGUUAAGUUUCAUUUGGCCUUGUUACUUUCAUUUAAAGAUUAAAGGUCAUUUAUUGGAUCAAAAGGAAAUAGCUAAAGACUAUAUCAUCAUUGGAUUGGGUGUACUUUUUGGCGUUAUAGGCAUUUACGAUUCGGGCAAUGCUUUAAUAAAUGCCUUCGAAAUUGGUCUUCCAUUUUAAACGAACGAAAGGAAAAAGUGUAAACUUUUUUUUUUAAAUAAUUAUAUAUAUAUAAAUAAGUAAAAAUCAAUUAGAAACCAAACUUUAGUUAUAAAUAAUCAUUAAAUUAAUAUUCAUACCAACAAACAUACAUACAUAUAUAAACAAACAUACAAACAAAUUUAGUAUUUAAGUAAAAAAAAUGUCUUCCAACAAUGUAACAAACAAAUUUGAAAAUUG